UCUGACUAGCACCUGUGGUAAAUUCUCUUCACCACCUAUCCCAAGCCUAAAGCGGCUCUCAUAAGAGCUGUGGAAGCAACCGCUAGGCCUCUAUCAUCAGUGCCUCUCUUCUUGCCAACUUCGAAGCCUUAUCCUCCAUGUCGCAACGAAAGUCGUUGACAGGAAUGGCAACCUCCACGCAAGCCACUGCUUUGCAAGAGCCGAUGGGGUCACGGCCCCCACAGCGGAGCCCCAGCUACCUUUCCGAUCUGUACCAGAACAUGCUGCGGGAUGCAGAAGCUCGGCGUGCGGAGCAGAGGAAGGGCCAGCCGCUGCACAGCAGCAGUAGCACCAGCCUUUUGACUAGCUCACUCAGUGAGGAGACGCAUGCUCAGGGUGCCCCAGUAACCAGCUGUGACCCGCAUCUUAGGCCCAUCAUGCGCCGACGGGCCAGGUCCUUGCCCAGCUCUCCAGAGAGAAGGAAGGGCAUGAUGGCACCGUGCCGAGUUCCAGGAUGCAGCACGCGCAGGAACCGUGUCAGGUUUGCCGAUGCUUUGGGCCUGGAACUGGCUGAAGUGAAGGUGUUUCAAGCUGGGGAAGACCCGUCGAUUCCCUUGCACGUGCUGUCUCGCCUGUCGAUCAAUUCGGAUCUUUGUUGCAGCAGGCUGGACCUGGAAUUCACCAUGCAGUGCCUGGUGCCUGACUUCCAGCAGCCCGCUGACUGUGAGGACUUCUCCAGCCGGCUGCAGCAGCAGCAAGUGUGCCUGGAACGCGUGAGCAGCUCAGACCUGGGCCUGAACGGCACUGUCAGAGUGAUCAACUUGGCCUUCGAGAAGCAGGUCACAGUGCGCUACACCUUCAACCACUGGCGGGGCCAGCAUGAGGUCCAUGCUCAGUGGCAUAGCAGUGUUCCCAGAAAUGAUGGGUGGGAGCAGGUGGAUGCCUUCACAUUCUUCCUUCCUCUGCCACCUUUCCUCCUCCAGCUUAGCUCAGGGGUGGAGUUUGCAGUACUCUACCGUGUCAAUGGACAGGAGUACUGGGAUAACAAUCAAGGGAAGAACUAUACCUUCACAUGCAGGAGUCAUCCGCUGAAGAUGCCCAGAGAAUGUGAGGAGAGCUGGAUUCACUUCAUCUAAGCAGAACGAGGAGAUGAAGAGGUGGUUGUUCAUUGCCGGUCCUGUCUGGCAUCUCUCUUAUUCCUGAGGCACCAAAGAAAUCCUUCAGAAUAAAAGAAUAAGAAGUGAUAUGCAGAAAAGUUAUUUAGAGAAGAGGGUUUUUUAAAGAAGGAUACAAGGUUAUUGCUUGCAUUGAUUUAUACCCCAAACACUUGUUUGUGUGUGUGCGUGUGUGUAAAUCUGCAGAAAAGACAAUGUCAGGAGAAGGCAGGCCAGUGUCCUUUGCCGUUUUGAUUAACUCUUUCAGUAGAUUAAAUUAUAUAGAGUAUUUUAAAAUGUAUGAUUUCUUUUUUCACCCUGACCCCAAUCCUGACACUGUCUGUAGUGUUGCACUUAGUCAAUGCACUUUUGCACUUCGGGGGGGGGGGGGUAGGUCUUUGGCAAAUGGGACACAGUCAAUUUGCUUUUGCUGCUUUUUAGCAGAAAAAGAAUGUUGCACAGUUCUAAUGCACUGGUUAAAUACAGCAGGGCCUGUGCUGCAGGAAGGGAUGUUCAUAAAUACUAUAAAUAUUUACAUGGUUUUUUAAUACAGUGUGUUUUAUAAAAUAAACAUGGCAGUAUACAUUAGAUAUUUAAAUUCUCAAAUACUAAUAAAUUAUAUAGUAGACAAAUCACACCUGCCUUUGCUGGAAGAAUUCUUGUCCUUUCCAGGUUAAGGUCAAAGUAGAUAAGGUUGCGGGAGACAAAGAGUGGGCAGGAAUAGCAUAGAGCUGCUUGUUUCCUAGCUUGAUUUGUUCUGCAGAAUAGGGACAAUUUUGCAAUGUGUUCCAUUUGAGGAUAUUGGAAUGUUGCACCAAUCACUAGCUCCUGUAAAGCACUGAAGUAAUCUAUUGCUGUAAAGUUAGAUAAGCACAUGAGGGUGAUUGGCCAAGAAAUUACAGCCAAUAGUUGAAAGCGGAAAUGAUGCUGAACUUAAAAAGCAAAUUCACUGUGCCAGUUUGGACAACACUGCAGCCCAUCAUGGCUUAAUUAAUCCUCAAGGAGUGUUCUCCACAUUUCUAAGUGCCACAUGACAGCUCAUUGCAGGUUAAUUAAACCUUGAGGAGCUGCAGUGCAUGCUGCCCACCAUUGCAAAUGUGCAGCCUCCAACUGGGAGUUGCUGUGUCUUGUCAUGCCGUGCUGUCCGUGCAUUAUGUGCAAAAUUGCUUAACCCUUGAUAAUGCUCCGUGGGCAGGUUCAGCGGCAGACCAAGCCAGGGCAAGUCCCCAGUUGGGGGUUGUGUACUCAUAAUAAUGGAUGUCUCUCAUCACAGCCCCUCAGGGUUUAACUACCCCACCGUGAGCUGUCAUACAACAUCAAGUCAUUCUCUGAGAUGCUUCAACAAAAGCUGGGAGAGGACUUUGUUAUCUUUAUUAUAGCUAGGGAUGUCUGAUACAUGAUCUCUGAUGUACAAGAGCCCAACAAAACAAGCCAUGAUGGGGAAUUGUCAAAGAAUUCAUCUUGACGCACACCUUUGAGAAUGAGAAACUGCCUUAAUUGUUGGAAAUUCAUUCCCAUGGCUUCAAACCUUCAGUGUUUAUUUCUAAUAUAACUGUACAUAUCAGGGGUGUGCAGAAAAUAGAUUUGGAUUUAUUGAUAAAUCUCUGCACAAUUUGGAAACGAUCAGCAGUGAUUUUUAACUCUUCAGUGUUUAAACAUAGCAUCAACCUCCACCUGUGCCAUUAUACUGGUAAUUGAAGAAAAUAAAACAACCAGGACAGGAUUUUCAUGUAUCAAUUAAGUUCUUGUACUCAGAGAUGUUCCUGGACUCAGAAUUAUUUCAUUUUGUAUGUGGUUUUUGUGCCAGGCUCUGGUUGAUGGAUCUUGGUUUUUUUUUUUUUUUAAGUAACAUAGUUCCUGCAAAACUGAAAUGUGUCCACCCCUGGUAUAGAUUAACUAUUAACAAAUGUGCUGUGAUGCUCUCAUUUUUGUACCUAUGUGCCAGGGUGAUUUCUGACCCUACAAUAUAUUGAAGCAUGCAUGUACUUCUAAUGGGAAAAUAUUUCAACAGAGCAGUGCAGAGCAGUGGUGUGGUUACUCAUGCAUGUUAAAGAUAGUGAUGCAUAUGGAAAUGCACAUUUGUGCAUGAUGGUGAGAAGCUGCACAGAUAAAUAGACAAAACCCCACAGCAGCAGCAGCAGCAGCGGCUUCAAUAUGUGAGUGCCUUGACUCCGAAGAGUAUAAAUCAAAGAUUUAACGUUAAUUUAGUAGAUUAACCCCAAUCACCCAGUAUUAGAGCCAUGGAAUAUGGGGACUUAUAUGGAUCUCUUCUGUACUGGCUGUUUGUAGUACAUCAUUCUAGGUCUAUGGCAGAGAUGAGAGCCCUGGCCUGUAAGCCAAAUUCAGCCCCCAAGAUGGCCCGUUUGGCUGUGGAGCCUCAGACAAGGCCUCUCCCUGCAGCUUUCCUGCCUUGGAGAAGGGAAUCGUUGAGAGAGCAGCUCAGUUGCGAUUGGAAUGAUGAGCAGGAGGUACAGCACUUGUACAGGCGCCCAGCACUCAGAGGACCAAUCAGUCCGCUAGCCCUGCUCUGCAGUGUGCUGGCUCAGCCCAUGUAGGCCAGGAGUGUCUUUAGAGACUUGUAGCAGUUGUCCAGGACUCCAGACAGGAGGGUUGUUUCAGCUGUACCUGGAGAUGCCUGAGAUUGAACCCGGGACUGUCUGUGCAAAGCAUAUGCUCUGUCACAGAGUGCAAUCCCCUGUUACUCCUUUCCUGUGUGAUGUGGGGAAGAUGCAUGUACUUGGCUUCAAGUUUCCUGCAUUUUGGAAUUGGGAAACUUGAGGGCAGGCUGCUCCACUGCCAUGCAUUCCAGCCAUUCAUGUAGUGUUCUGUCAUGGAGAUUGGAAGGGAUCCCAGAGACCCAGAGUAGAAACUCAUCUCAGCCGUACAUGUUCUAAAGAGGGCUUCUGUGCAAGAGGUUUUCUCGAGGGGCCAUUCUUUGGAUUUUGGAGAUCUUUGGAAGUGUCUGGCAGGCAUAAAAAGAACAUAGGGUAAUGGAAAAUGUAUUUUCCUUAUUGGAAACUAAGCCAAACAAGUAUAUUCAUAUCUCUUGUUUAUCAGUGAAGUCGUAUGCAGCCCAGCUAGGGACUUUAAACAAAUCUCAUGGAGCUUUCUUGGUUAUUUCAAUAGAGAUCUAUAGCAAACCCAUAAACCCAUCUUUAUGAAGCCCAAACAGCAGCAUCCCUGGAGACAGGGCAGGUAUCAGCAGUUGUGGGGGAACCUUGCAAGGUUUGUAGAAAUACAGCAAAUGUAUUUGACGGCGGAGGAAAGUCCUAAGGGGUCCCAAAACAACCCCCUCAGCAAAACUAGCAUGCCCAGCAACCACAGACUUCUGACUGGGGAUGGGCAUGCAAGAUGUGUUUGGAGGGUAGAAAUGGUGCAUCCUGGGAGAAGGUGCGGGUGACCAGCUGGAAUCCUGAACAGGAGCCCUGCAUAUUGCAACAUUUUGUAUCAGGUCCUGCUGUAGCCACAACCACACUACUCGGGGCAAGUGGAGCUUUCCUUUCCUUGGUCCCCAGAACUGCUCCAGAGGUUCCUCUGGUUCUCCAGAGCAGAUGUGGCGCACACAAGAGGAAGCUGUGGCAUGGAGGCAAAAUUGGUCCCAGGAGCAUCCAGAUACUUUGGACUUCGGCCCCCUUAAUCCCAGACCACUAGACUAUACUGCUGGGUCCUAUUGGAGGUGUGGACCAAGCAUCCAGGGGGCAGCAGUGGCUAACUCUGGGCUAGGCAAAUUCUUGGAAACAAGUUGUAAUGACAGCAGGGAAGAACAACUUGCAAAAAAUGAUGGCGUAAUCCAUAGCCAUACCUGGUGUGUAUAUAUACACAUUCUGAUCUUUCUGAUAACAAAUGUCUUUUUCUAGCUUCUGUUGAAUUUAAUAAGCAUUUUAAUGUUCCUGCAACAGAAAAAUGUUAGGCUCACAUACCUGAUAGUGUUAUAUUUAUUGUGUCGACAGUGCGCGUGUUAUAUAAAUGAUGAAAGCACUGUUGCACUUCCAGAUGGAAAAUUCAUUUUUUAAACAAAGAAUUUCCAUGAUAGCAGCAUUUGAAUGGUCUUGUGAUGUUAGAAAAAGAAAUGUGAUGGCUGAAGAAAAGAUGAAAUGCAGUUCCAUACCCCCAGUCCCAGAUAGUUGUGUAUCGGAGCAAAUGACCAGGUUUGACUUUUCAGCUUUUCCAGUUUCUGUUCUAGUAACGAAUGGGAGAUUCGGUGUCUCUGAAGCAUGCCAGAUGAAUCUGAAAACUGUGCAUGGGCUGCGCCACCAUUAGUGUUGCUCUUGGAUUUGAUACUGGAAGUUCGUUCCUCGUAGGUUUUCGUUUCUCACAGCUGUCUAAACAAGUGCAUUUUCAUUGGGUAAAUUGCAGCACAUGAUGCUGUCCCGGGUGAUGCACAUGAUGCUUUGCCUACUGUCAGAAGGGCUACCUGCCCUGGAUCAGCACCACUGUAACAGCGAUCCUUCCUAAACCUGUGCUGUAGCUGCCUGUGUUCUGGAAGUGCAGUACUCUUUGCAGCCAUUCCUUUUCAUUUCCUGUGUAAUCAGAGUGCCUGGAAGUGUGGGUGCUGUGCAAAACCAUAACCCCAGACUGGUGCUUUACGUAAACAGAGGGAUUGCCUUGCUGGAUUAGAACCUAGUUCAUUUAGUUAAGCAUUUUGUGUCCAACAAUGUCUCUUCAGCCAUGCCUUCUAAAGUGCAUGAACAGUGCGCAAAUGUCAUAUCUAUUCCCAGUACCCGGUGCAUAGAAAUACAGGGGUUUUUUAAUUCCAUUGAAAAAUGUUGAUAGAGUCACUCCUGUGUAUGUCACCAAGAAAAGAUGGUGCCAUACUGGAGACUGGAAAAAUUAAGAGGUAGAGCAGGGUGGGAAAUUCUCAUUUUCUUAUGCCACCUUCGUUCAUAUUAUGAUGCAUGAUAUUUAUCAGAUCUUGGAGACUUCAGAGGGGACUCUCCAGGAAAUGGUAAUUACCAGAUACACUUUGGAAAAGUACAUUUAGAAUAAAUGCAUGCCAUGUAAAUGAAGAGAAAAGCCACUUAAAGCAAAUGCUUUACUAUGCAAUAUAGCAAUCUGCUGUUAACUAAGCUAGAAGUAAGUAUCUUAUUUUUGUGUGUAUGUGUGUUAAGGGAAAAUUAUUCAGGCCUGCUUAAGUGGAAAGAGUUAACGUGCAGUGUCACUGCUUGGGCAUGUACCUGCUUCUUUCCAAGGGACAUGAUUACAUUCCUCCACCAAGUAUUGUGAAGAAAAACUGAAAUACUUGAAAAAGGCCACAGUCUUACUUGCACCUACCUGGGAGCAAGCCCCACUGACUUUCAGUGGGACUUACUUCUGAGUAGACAGGUAUAGGAUUGCAUUGUAAAUUGCUUAGAAAUGUAUUUGCAAAUACUUCAAUAGUAAUUCAGAGUAUGAGAAAAAUACAGAUUUGUACCAAAAAUGCUUCUGUUGCGUAGGACAAAAUUACAUCCUUAAACAUUUUCCUCAGAUCUAGUGAUGAUUGAAGCAUUUUGUUUUGAAAAGGAAGCCAAGAUAUGUCAAGGAAAAACACUGGGAAGAAAUAUUCUCUGAGCAACCAGCAUUAAAGCAAUGCCAGGCGGUCCCACUAUAGUAAAUGCAAUGCUAACUGUCUGUUAGAGGCUCUGCUUCUGCCAAAUGGUGGCAUCUGUCAAACCUUGGUGGAAGUAGAGGCCUCAGGCUGCAUCAACACUGCCAGAAUAUGCUAAGCCAAGAUUCUGUUUAAAGGUUAUGUCUUGUACUGGGAAGGGUGACAGGAGAAGCCCAGCUUAGGCCAAUGAUGCAAAGAAUUUUCUCAAGCAGAAUUCUGUAAUUCGGGUCUCUGAUACACAAACCAUACUCGCAGUUCCUGCAUAUCGCUCUUACCUAAAUCAUCUAACAUUACAGACCAUGGGAACGGAGUCUUCUUCAUAUGUAUGCAGUUGCCUUUUUUGAAAUGCUCUUGUGAUAUUCACGUGCUGGUAACUGUUUCUAUCAUCUCUGUGUCUGGAUGCUACAGCAUUACUUUUCCCCAACUAUCCCUUUUAAAUGUUCCUCCUCCCCAAAAUCGGCUGGAGUCCCUUUGUCUGAAAAGAUCAAAUCCCAACUCUGCAUGUUUUUGCCUUGCUGCAUUUGGCUCCAUGGUUUAGAGGCAAUUUUGUCAUCAUUUUAGUACUAUUCUCAGGGCAAUCAAUAUUUGUGUACUUGCAUUAUCUUUCCUACAUGCAUUAAUACUUGUAUUUGAAUAGCAGUGUAUUAUAUUUAAAAGCACUUAAACAAAACCCAACAAGAUGCUGUACUUAGAAAUAGUCAUUUGGCAACUGAAUGUCUAUUGUAGAGCAAUGUUUAAGGUUCAGUUUAGGAAAACUUUACAUGGAAGAUGUUACUGAGAAGAAAAUGCAAGGAUUGUUGAUGUCUAUAAUACUGUAUACAAAUACAAUUAAUCAGAGGUUUACAUUUAACUCUUAAACAUCUUUUUUAACUUUUUUGGCAAACACGUGAUGUGUAAUGCUUUGCUUGUUCUACCAAACAUGCAUAUAAUUUUUAAUAAAAUUAAAUGCAUUUUUCAA